GAACGCUCGGGGCCGGGCGCGAUCGGGCGGGAGCGGAGCCGGGCGCGGGGGUCCCGGCCCAGGCGGGGCCGCGCUGCGGCCGCCCCGGCCCCGUACGGCCGCAGUGCGGCUGAUUUUUGGGGUCAAAAGCGAAUUUUCCGCCUGUAUCGUCGGUAUCGCUGCUGCGUUCCUCUCUGCAGGUUUUUCGGGGGGAAUCUGGGAAGCGGCCGGUGGCAUCGCCCGCCAGAGUGGCUCUACCUCCCCCAAAAUGCCACGGCUGAGAUUGUGACCCCCUCCCGGCUACGGAAUUGCGGGGUGCUCCUGCCCCCUUCCCCGGGCUGGGCUUUUUGGAAAGGACUUUACAAUGCUGCGGCUCCCCAGGGGAGUGUCCCCCGUCCCGGGGAGAGGGGGUACCGCCCUCCCGGCCCCCCCUCCCCACCACCACCCUAAGAAGGUCAUGUCACUGAUGGGCUCCUGUGAUCCGGGGGCUUCCAGCCUGGGCAGCCCACCGUUAUCCACAGGCUGUUUCACCCAGGUCUACACGCCAGCGGCUGUCAGCGGGCCCGCUUCCCGGGGCGGGGGUCUCUGUGAUACCCCACAAGGCCCCGAACUCAGGACCCUCUCUUCGGCCUCGGUGGGACGGCUGCCGGCCAAGAGGAAGCUGGACCUGGAGGGCCCCGAAUUUCGCACGCCCAAGGGGAAGGGCUGGACACUGGUGCAGAUCCCCAGCCCCAGGACCCCUAAAUCUCCCGGAGAGAAAACUCGCUACGACACCUCACUGGGGCUGCUCACCAAAAAAUUCAUCCAUUUGCUGAAUGAGUCUCCUGAUGGUGUUGUGGAUCUGAACCGGGCUGCUGAGGUGCUGGAGGUGCAGAAACGUCGCAUCUACGACAUCACCAACGUACUGGAGGGCAUCCAGCUCAUCCGCAAGAAAUCCAAGAACCACAUCCAGUGGAUGGGGACAAGGAUCUUUGAGGACACAGCGAUGGUGGCAAAGCAACAAGUGCUGCAUGGAGAACUGGCUGAACUGGCUAGGACAGAGAGGAUGCUGGACCAGCUCAUGCAGGACUGUGCCCUGCAGAUCCAGCAGUUGGCUGACAAUGAGACCAACCAGAGGCUGGCAUACGUCACCUACCAGGACCUCCGUGCCAUCAGCAGCUUCCAGGAGCAGACGGUAAUUGCUGUGAAGGCUCCCCCUGAGACGCAGCUGGAGGUGCCGGACUUCAGCCAGGAAAACUUCCAGCUCCACCUGAAGAGCACCAACGGCCCCAUUGAGGUGUACCUCUGCCCAGAGGAGAUCACAGAAGAAAGCCCCACCAAGGACCACCCUGUUCCCUCUGCUGCCACCUCCCCACAGGACCACCCCGUAUCCCUUUCCCUGCCAAACAGCUCCCCAUCAGCCACACAGCCACCCCACCCCAUCUCCCAGAGCUGGGGGAGCACAGGAACUGCUCUUCCACCCCCAUCUUUGCCUCUCCCCAUCCAGGGGGGACCCAGCUCACUGCUGGAGAUGGAACCUGGGCUCCUGGGCUCCCCUGCCCAUCUUCUGCAGCAGACUGAGGACCAGCUGCCCUGCACCCCCUCCCACCUGGAUUUAGGACCCUUUGUCACCUUCUCGCCCCCCCUGGAGCAUGAUGACUAUCUCUGGGGGCUUGAGGGCGAGGGAGUCACGGACCUCUUUGAGACAUAUGACCUGGGGGACCUGCUGAAGCACUGAGUGUCCCCCUAGUCCCCAUUGCCUGUGUACCAUCUGGCCACUUGUGUCCUGAGCGUGUGGGAUCUGUGUGGGCUGUCUGGAAAGACUGGGAUAUGCUGGGGAGCACUGGGUUUUCUGAGGAUGGGAGGGAGAGGGGGACUUGUGUUGCUCACCCGUGUGGCUUCUCUGCACUCUUCUGGGUUAGUUGUCACCUCACUGGGCACCGGGAGUGCUCUGGGAUGAACCCAUCCCAGCAUCCCCCCAUAAAUCCAUGGGGCACUGUGCUUCCCACCAUAAUCCGCCACCACCUUGGUGGACUGGAAGUGCCUUUGGGUGCCCCAGAUGAGUCAGGGGCACCCUUGGGUGGCAGAGAAACCUCUGCCCAGAAUGGGCUAUGUCAUGUUUUGUGGUCACUCCAUCUGUUCCUCUGUUAAACUGGUGGUUCGUCAUGGUCACAGCAGGUUAUUUCCAGUGGCAUUUUUUCCACCAUGGCUGGAAUAUCCUUAAAAAAACAUUGAGGCAGCAAAGCUGAAGUCACCUUUCAGUGAAGGAAGGAUGAAGCUCACAUGGCUCCAGCAAAUCUCAGGCCAAGACAUGGAGCCAAUUCCCUGAGGAGCUGCAGCCCUCUGCUCCAGUCUAUAUGUCUAUACCAGCUCCCUCUGGCCUCUUGGAGCUACUAGUGCUGGGAGUAUCAAAACUGGAAUGUACUGGAAAGGGUUUGCCUGGAGGAGGCAAUGACCUGCAGAGAGGGGCUUGGGAAACAGUUUGGGGCAAGCCCUGGGACAUGGGGUAGGAUAGGAUUUUUAACUGUGCCAUUCCUUGCAAAAUAUCUGUAAUUAUUGCACUGUAUUUAUCUGGGUCCCCCCUUUGGUGUGGGGCUGGGAGGGGUUGGAUUGUCUGUGGGUGUAUUUAAGUUGUCCUUCCAUGGUUGUUGGUACUCCUGUAGGUUGGCUCAAGAGAUGGUGUGGGUGAGAAUAUGUUUUGGUCUGGAAAAACUUUUAGCACUUGAUGUUUUCUGCCCACGAGGAGUUGAAAUAAAACAAAAUUGUGGAGUUCUAAA